AUGGCUUGUACAGCCCCUUCCGUGACUUUGGAGUCCUACGCAUACCUUGACCCAGCCUCUAAUGCUUCCGGUCUGGCAACCCCGGACGAACGGUCCGGUUUCAUACGUAACAGACAGAGACGACACUCCUUUCAUACCAAUAGGAGACUAUCCUGCGAUCAUGAUGCCGACGCUAUAUUCUUGCGGGUCGAAUUAUUCCUCACAGAAAUGGAGCGGCGGUUACAAUGGCUGGAGGAGUAUCGACAAUCACAUAUGACCCAUAUCGACUCAAGACUGAGACGAGGAUAUGCCGCCCUAGUUUCCGUGCGGGAUUCCUGCUCCCAUGCUUCCGGCGAGCUGAUGGGAGGUGGCAAACGAAGAGCAAAAAUCCUGGUAGAGACGCUGGAGGAACGCUAUAAAGAGGUUCUGGCAACGAAGGAAACGCUCGAACAAAAAGCCCAGGCCAGUAUGCGUUUGAUGGAGAAUUUUCUCGGUGAGCUUGAGGCCGGUGCGCAGGCUGUGCGAGAUCGGGGUCUGUAUGGAACUUUGGACGACGGAUGGCGCGCUGUGGAGCCGGGCCUCACGCAUGCCCGCGAGGUUAUGGAUGAGAGCGUCGAGCGCGCGCGAGAGGCUCUACAAAAGAGCAUCGAACGCGCGAUCCAACUAGCCAAUGAAAAGCGGCUAAUCCAGUACUCCGACCUUCCACACCCUUGGAGGGUCAACCCGCACAUCUUGCAGGGUUAUCGUUUCACGACCUCCAAGAUCGAAUGUGUAACGUCCGUAUUUACAUUCUCCAACGAACUCUUCAACAUCUGGUCGCACCUGAUUGGCCUGCUCAUCGUCCUCGCCGUGGCCUUCUACUUCUACCCUUCCAACCCGAACUUCUCCCUCAGCACCAAAACUGACAUCGCAAUUGCUGCCAUAUUCUUCAUUGCCGCCUGCAAGUGCCUUGUCUGCAGUACGCUCUGGCACACAAUGAACAGCAUCGCCUCACAACCGCUGAUGGAACGCUUCGCCUGCGUCGAUUAUACAGGGAUAUCCCUGCUCGUCGCUGCCUCAAUCGUCACUACAGAAUACACCGCUUUCUACUGUGAACCAACCUCCCGAUGGAUCUACAUCAUCACGACCUCCACAUUGGGUAUCGCCGGCGUCAUUCUCCCCUGGCACCCUACCUUCAACCGUGCGGACAUGGCAUGGGCGCGCGUUGCGUUCUACGUGACCCUCGCAGCCACAGGCUUCGCCCCCAUCGCUCAACUAAGCCUAACAAGAAGCCUGGGAUGGUGCUUGUACUUCUACGCACCACUACUGAAAAGUCUUGGCGUCUACUUGUUGGGUGCAAUGAUAUAUGCGAUGCAGAUCCCCGAACGCUGGCUCCCUGGCUUCUUCGAUUACCUCGGUGGCAGCCAUAAUAUAUGGCACGUUGCCGUGCUUGGGGGAAUCCUGUUCCACUACGGGGCCAUGCAGGAUCUUUUCACUGGUGCAUUCGUCCGUGCGGAGGGUGAAUGCCCGUCUCUGACGAUGUAGCUAGAUAGAUGUAUAAAUGUUUUGUCGGCUCAUCGCCCCUCAUCGGUCUAUCUGUCUGUCAGUCUUCCCGGAUCUGGUGUGACUCCAACCUCUCUCACCAGCUGAUAGGAGAUGGACGAACGGAAAUGGUAAAGCUGGGAAGAGUUUCAGAGGCCCAGCGAAACCACCCCUGAUAUCUCCAGGGCCUUCGCCUCCAAAGAGACACAUUACACACUGGCCUAUGCGCUUAUGUGCAUUGCAGGAUUACCCCAGUGGGCAAAUAACACCCCCGAAAAUAUCCAUCCCAAAUUGACUGAGUGGGAGAUACCGGGCGUGCGUUAACCGGGCGUGUGAUUCAAAAUAAAACACAAGCCAUCCCAAAAGAGAACCUUUAUGGAGAUGUGGUCAAUUCGAUGUCUCAUUUCAUUUCUAUUCCCUCCCCUUUUCCUUUCCUUUUCCUUUCCUUCUAUGCGCAGGCGCAGGAUGGAUCAAAAUAAAACACAGGGGAAAAAAUACAAGGGAAAGAAAAAAAAGUAAGGGAGAAGAAACAAGAAUGAAAAAAUGUUCCAUUCACAAUAAAUGGUCGUCGACUCUUGUUUUCAGCUGCAUGAAGCACCCUCAUCAGAGAGGCAGAGGCGGAAGGGAAGAAAUGAAACGUUAAUAAAUAAAUAAUUACUAAUUGUUGUCUGUGAC